AGAGCGACUACUCGCGAGUCCGUGGGCGGUCGGUGGCCACCAGCCCAUCAGGAGCGCCGUACCUGGGAUUGGACUUCCCACCCCAUUCGCAUUCCAACGCGUAUCCUCUCUUUCUUUGCCCUUUCGUUUCGUUCCAUGAAACUGUUUCUUUCCCUCUUCCGCCGCCACUGCCCAUUCUUGGCGGCCCCGAAUACGUCCUCUCCGUUUCUCCUCCUCCUCGCCGCUACGAGAUCCACAUGGCGAGUUCCCAAGAGAAAGCGGUGGCGGUGAUCUUGAUGGGAGGUCCGACCAAAGGGACCCGGUUCAGGCCGCUGUCGUUGAACGUCCCGAAGCCGCUCGUUCCUUUGGCGGGGCAGCCCAUGAUUAACCACCCGAUCUCCGCCUGCAAAAGAAUCCCAAAUUUGGCGCGGAUAUACCUGAUCGGCUUCUACGAGGAGAGGGAGUUUGCUCUGUACGUCUCGUCCAUCUCCAACGAGCUUAGGGUUCCCGUGCGGUAUUUGAGAGAAGACAAGCCGCUUGGCUCGGCAGGAGGGAUCUACAAAUUUCGGGACCAUAUAAUGGAAGAGAACCCGUGUCACAUAUUUCUGCUGAAUUGCGAUGUUUGCUGUAGUUUUCCUCUGUCAGAAAUGCUAGAUGCACAUAGAAGACAUGGUGGUAUGGGUACUAUUUUAGUAAUCAAGGUCUCUGCUGAAACAGCCAACCAGUUUGGUGAGCUGGUUGCUGAUCCUGUCACAAACGAAGUCUUGCACUACACUGAGAGGCCUGAGACUUUUGUAAACGAUCUUAUUAAUUGUGGUGUAUAUGUAUUUACACCACAGAUUUUUACCAUCAUCCAGGAAGUCGUUUUGCAGGGGAAUAACACAGUUAAUUUGCGCCGUGAAACCAGCUUAGAAGCAUUCCAGUCAGUGGCUAAGGUGCUACCGCCAGAAUUUGUUCGGCUCGAUCAGGAUAUCCUGACUCCUCUUGCUGGAAAGAAAAAGCUUUAUACAUAUGAGACGGUUGACUUCUGGGAACAGAUCAAGACUCCAGGGAUGUCUUUGAGAUGCUCUGAAUUGUAUCUCUCCCAAUUUCGUCGUACCGCUCCACAUCUCCUAGCAACUGGAGAUGGCACCAGAAGUCCAAGUAUUACUGGUGAUGUUUUCAUCCAUCCAUCAGCAAAAGUGCAUGUAACUGCUAAGAUUGGACCUAAUGUCUCUGUUUCUGCAAAUGCCCGUAUCGGAGCUGGCGUGAGACUUAUCAGUUGCAUCAUCCUAGAUGAUGUUGACAUUAAGGAAAAUGCAGUUGUUAUUAAUUGCAUUGUUGGUUGGAAGUCAUCUAUUGGAAGAUGGGCUCGUGUGCAGGGUGAAGGAGACUACAAUGCGAAACUAGGGAUAACCAUUCUUGGUGAAGCUGUAGCAGUUGAAGAUGAGGUGGUUGUAAUCAACAGCAUUAUUCUACCAAACAAAACCUUGAGCAUUAGUGUACAAGAAGAAAUCAUCCUGUAGUUUGGUUUGGAGAAAAAUGGCUCUCAUGGGAAGAUGCCAUUCCUGUGGAGAACAAAAGUUGCACGAGAUAUUUGACCUAGUAAUGUUUUGAGUUUGUAUUUCUGAAUAAUAUUUUUUUGAGGAAAUUUCUUACUGCAAAUAUAUCUCUCGAGGAACCGUUCAAAUUGCA